AUGACAUUCCCCUUUCGAGCUACCGAUCCAAGGGCCAGUAUUUACGCUCUCCGAUCCCUGUCUUCUCUUGACCCAAAUCUGAAACACAUGAUAAGACCAGAUUACAGCAUUCCUGUGGAACAAUGCUAUGCAGGCUUUACUAAGCUUCUCAUGAGUCAGAUGGACAGUGUCAAGGCGUUGUCUUAUGUCCAGGACAAAUCAAUGAGACAUAUUCCUGUCCUACCAUCUUGGGUCCCGGACUUCAGCCUUCCUGGCACCAACCACCUGUUCAGCAAGUGCUUUUCCGCAUUAGGGGACCUCCAUAAAGGAAAAUCGAUCUUCAACACUUUUUUAGAAUGGAACGAACUGGGUCUAGAGAGUAUUUGUGUUGAUGCUAUAGUACAGACAGCAGCGCCACGGCCGUUGAAUGGUCCAAACAAAAAAAUCGAGUUGGAUGAAAACUGGUUUGAUCUUCUUCAAGCUAUCAGGACAAGCGACUGCUACAACAACCUGAACCAGUCUCCUGCGGAAGUGUUAUGGAGGACGCUCUGUGCGAACAUGGACCUUGAGAACAACUCACCUGCCCCAUCCGAGUUUCAUACACCAGAAAUGGCGUUCCGGGAUGAAGAGGCCACUAGAGAGAACUCUAUUACACUUUACGGUCUGCUUCGCUCGUCUUUGUACAUGCGGGCCGAGAGCUAUACCGGCCCUCAGAGCCGCGGUCCCGAUGAAAGCGCAAUGGCAGAGCUCCGAAAUUCCAUGCCGCCGUUGACUAGGAGUAUCAACGGCAAACAUUUUGACUGA